AUCAUUCCAGUUUGCCGAGGAGCGUAAAUAACGCUGCAGAGAGUGUCGUCAACCUGACUAGGAGCAGCAGCAGCAGCCUCACAAUUGAUCGCCAGCAUAGUCGCCACAACCAACAGACUGAAACGCCGUCCAGAAAGCAAACCGAGGGGAAGAUGGCCAGCACCGGCGAGAUCUGGCUGCAGUGGUUCUCGUGCUGCUUCCAGCAGCAGCGCUCCCCCUCACGCCGCCCACACCAACGCCUGCGCAUCGACCGGUCCAUGAUCGGCAAUCCCACGAACUUUGUCCACACGGGCCACAUCGGUUCGGCGGAUGUGGAGCUGUCGGCGAACCGUCUCAACGCGAUCUCUGCAUCGAUGCAGAGCAAGGGCGGCUACGAGACGAGUUCAAUACAUGCCUGCUGAUGGAAACCACCGUCGGCCACCUCCCGAUAUGUGUACCCGCUAUAAAGUGCAUUUCGUGCAACAUAUUAUUUUACAAUGUGGGGAGAGGAGCAGCAGCAGCAAAACUUAAAUACUUCGUACAAUUCUUUGUUGUGGCGAGUUAUCAGGCAAGGAGCGCGAGAGAGAUACACGGACAAAAUGAGAUGUUUAAAGAAACACUUUUUAUACCCGACAACGGCAUUCAUACCGACUUAAACUGCCAACUUCAUUCUAUAAGUGCUUUUUGCUGAUUUUGGCUAUUUUUGUGAGUAUUAGGUAAAUGAAAAAUCGCAAGUGUGCCAAGCGACUAAAAUAAACAAAUAAUAAAAAAUGAGCCUGGACCUCGAUAGGUGUAUAAACAGAGUCAGUUGGAGCAUUCGGUACAAGUUUUCGAAUGUACUUAAAGGAGGAACCGAAUCUUGAAUAACAUAACGUAUAAACACCA